UUUACAAAUAACAGUUCUAUCGUAGAUGUCGCCUUCGAUGUUCGCAAAGACUUGUGGGUAAAGUACAGCCAUAGAGCGGCACGAGAGAGCUGACAGAAAACAACGUUCCUGUAAUGAGCAAUUAGCCAAUGUUUAUUUCUGUCCCAGCUAGAUGGAGUUUGCUCCUCGUUAACUGCUGUUCGGAAGAGUAACGAGCCGGUUGUGUGCUGUGUUCUCAAUGCGCAAUAUGAGCAUCAGCGAGCAUUCCCUGCAAGCUUUGUCCUGGAGGAAGCUCUACCUGAGCCGGGCUAAACUCAAAGCUUCCAGCCGAACCUCCGCUCUGCUCUCCGGAUUCGCUAUGGUGGCCAUGGUGGAAGUACAGCUGGACAACAACUACCCCUAUCCUCCCACCCUGCUGAUCGCCUUCAGCGCGUGCACCACCGUACUGGUGGCCGUGCACCUUUUCGCUCUGAUGGUCAGCACAUGCAUCCUGCCCAACAUCGAGGCGGUCAGCAACGUGCACAACAUCAAUUCGGUGAGCGAGUCGCCACACGAGCGCAUGCACCGCCACAUCGAGUUGGCCUGGGCCUUCUCCACUGUCAUCGGGACACUCCUCUUUCUGGCUGAGGUGGUGCUCCUCUGCUGGGUCAAGUUUUUGCCCGUCAAACCCAGCAAAGCCGGCAACAACACGGUGUCUGCGGGCGUGGCCGCCGCCAUCACCUCCACGUCCAUCAUGGUCCCCUUCGGAUUGGUGUUUAUCGUGUUUGCCGUCCAUUUCUACCGCUCGCUGGUCAGCCACAAGACAGACCGACAGUUCCAGGAGCUGGAGGAGCUCUCCAACCUCACCAGGCUGCAGAACCAGCUGGACAAUAGAGGCGAGUCCAUUUUGCAUUCGCCAAGCUCACAUUUCCCUUAAGAUGUAUGUGAGAAAGCAGUCAGGAGGUCAUGGAUUAAAAAAAAAAAAAAAAAAAAACAGCACCUGCUGUGCUUUACUGUGCCUAUUGUGUGUAUGGUUUACCAUUUAAAUAUACUCAAAUUUGGCUCGAUGAUCAGUAUGUGUGUACCCAACUUGUGACAUUUUCGUUCCUCUCCAAAAAACGUCAUUACCUCCCGAGUGAAUUGUGAUGUUUAUUUUGCUAUUAUUUGAACGAUGUAAAGACGGCAUAUCGCAUGAAACUUGAAAUCACAAAAGUCUUAACUGUCAAUGUGAUUUUUUUUUUUUUCACUUGAGCCCUCUUGUGUCUUGCCUGCUGUUUUAUCAAUUAUCAUUUGUGGUAAUUACUUUGAUUUAAAAUGUCAUCAUUUUGAUCACUUGACUGAAUUUAACGCAAAAAAAAAAAAAAAGGUACCUUUACCUCUUGGGAGUGAGCCCCACUUUGUACACUGGACUCCUGCAUGCAGUGAGAUUUAAUUAAUUUAUUUUUUUAAUACCCAAGAUGAAAGAAAGUGGCAUGUGUCUUGAAUGAGAAACUGUAAUACUGUGAGUGUGACCAAUGUACUGUAAAUGUCUUACAGUUGAUUUUGAGCACCAAGAAAUAAUAAAGCACCCGUGGUACG